AUGACAUUCUCACAAGCUGUACUGCAGCUACUCUCUGCAUCACUGGCUCUCGGCCAGAUGGUCUACAAUGAAGUUGAGGGCCCUACAGAACGACCUCAAUGCAAAGCCACAGAGACAAAAGAGCCAACAUACACACAUACACCCUUCAGUUACACUCUUACUGAGACUGUGAGAUACGCUACCUCGGUGCCUGCACCUACCACCACAACCACAUACGCCGACCCGCCAGAGUCUCUCAUCUCUCUCGUGCCUUCACUAUCAUUCACCACAUGGGGAAAAUGGGAUCCCAAUGCCACCACCAAAGCCUCAGACACGGAUGAUCCAUACGGCCAAGCUGCGUGGACUGCUCUCUGGGAACACGCCAACCCUCCCAACUUUACCGAGAAGGCCGUCUAUAGCACUACCGUCUCGCCCACCCCCAUUCCCAGCAGCGAGCUUAUUCUUCCGCCGCGAGAUUACUUUGGCCCUGAAGACUGCUACAAUUUCCCAAAGAACUUUAGCUUUGGCGUUGCAAGCUCUGCGAGCCAGAUCGAAGGCGCUACUGCAGAGGAGGGCAAAGCGCCAUCUCUCAUGGAUAUUCUUAUUCAGGAUGAUGGUGGAAAAGAUUACGUUACGAAUGAGCACUAUUACUACUACAAGCAAGAUAUUGAGCGCGUCGCUGCCAUGGGCGCGAAGCACUUCUCAUUCAGUAUUGCGUGGACGAGAAUCUUGCCCUUUGCACUACCCGGUACCCCUGUGAAUCAGGAGGGAAUUGAUCAUUACAAUGAUGUGAUCAACUUUAUUCUUGAAAAGGGAAUGACCCCCGAAGUCACCCUGCUUCAUUUCGAUACUCCUCUUCAGUUCUUCGGAAGCAACCUCACAACAGCUGCGCUCAGGCCUAAGAUCGGGUACACAAACGGUGGUUACCAGAACGAGACUUUCCAGGAUGCUUUUGUCCACUAUGCAAAGGUCGCUAUGAGCCAUUACGCUGAUCGCGUGCCUGUCUGGUUCACUUACAACGAGCCUCUGCUCUAUUCGUACAAUGCCCUCUCAGUAUACAACGUCGUCAAGUCCCAUGCCAGAGCCUACCACUGGUACAAGGAAGAACUUGGCGGAAAGGGCAAGAUCGCGCUCAAGUUCAACAAUAACUUUGGUGUUCCGCGGGAUCCCAAGAGCGAGGCGGACGUGUAUGCUGCGGACCACUUCAACUCAAUCCAACUCGGACCUUUCUGCAAUCCUAUUUACCUCGGCCAAGAUUAUCCAGAGUCGUUUAAAAUGACUUUCACUGACUUCGUCCCAUUGACCGAGGAGGAUCUCAAAUACAUCGGCGGCACGGCAGACUUCCUGGGCAUCGAUCCAUACACUGCCACAGUCAUCGCACCACCCGUUCCAGAUGACAAGGACAGCAUUCUAGAAUGCGCAUCCAACUUGACUUCAACUUUCCGUCCCUACUGCGUCAACCAAACCACUACGACCGUCAAUGGGUGGAACAUCGGCUACCGUUCCUACAGUUACGUUUACAUCACACCCACCUACCUCCGAAGCUACCUCAACUACCUGCACAACACAUGGAGAAUACCCAUAGCUAUUACUGAGUUUGGCUUCCCUGUUUUCGGUGAGGCGCAGAAGGAGCUGUCUGAUCAGCUGUUUGACACGCCCCGAAGCAUCUACUACUUGAGCUUCUUGUCCGAGACUCUCAAGGCGAUCUGGGAGGACGGAGUUGAAGUUAUAGGAGCAUAUGCCUGGAGUUUCAGUGACAACUGGGAAUUUUCUGACUACGACGCGCAUUUUGGAAUCCAAACGGUGAAUAGGACGACGCAGGAGAGACGAUACAAGAAGAGUUUCUUCGAUAUGGUGGAUUUCAUGAAGGCACGCGGCGUGGAGUGA